GCUCCUACCCCCACCCCGAGCCCGCCGCCGGGCCGCGCCCCGCCUCAGGCGCCCGGGGAGGGAGCGGCGGCGGCGGCGAGAGGCCGGGCCGGGAGCGGGGCCCUUCCUUCCCCCGGUUCCCCCGGUGCCUGCGGGAGGCCCCCGGGAUGGCGCUGGUGCCCUACGCGGAGGGCUGGGGCCUGCAGGGCCUGCGCAGCCCCUGGGCCACGUUCCGCUUCGCGGGGCGCACCCUGCGCCUGCGGCAGGACUGGCAGCGGCUCGGCGUGGCGGCCGUGGUGUGGGACGCGGCUGUCGUCCUGUGCGCGUAUCUGGAGAUGGGGAGCGUGGAUCUCAGAGAUCGGGCGGUGAUCGAGCUGGGAGCUGGCACGGGGCUGCUGGGAAUAGUGGCCACACUGCUGGGUGCCCGUGUUACCAUCACAGACAGGGAAGCAGCACUGGAGUUCCUGGAGUCAAACGUACAGGCUAACUUACCUUCUGAACUCCAUCCAAGAGCUGUGGUGAAGGAACUGACUUGGGGAAAAGACCUGGAUAAUUUCCCUCCAGGAGCAUUUGACUUCGUCUUUGGUGCAGACAUCAUUUAUCUGGAAGAAACAUUUGGGGAACUGCUUCAGACAUUAGAGCAUCUAUGCUCAGAGCAAACCGUGAUUCUUCUUUCCUGUCGUAUCCGCUAUGAACGGGAUAACAACUUCUUGAAGAUGCUGAAAGGCCAUUUCUCUGUGUAUGAGGUCUACUAUGAUUCCAAUAAGGACAUUCAUAUCUACAAAGCACAGAGACACAGUCACAAGGAUGACUUUUGACUCUAUACUUUGUUAAUAAGCCACUCAUCCUGUUCAACCCUCUCCUAGUUUCUAUUAAAUACAAUUGUUCCUAAGCA